AGCCUCAUGGAAAUGAAGCUGCCAGGCCAGGAGGAGUGUGAAGCCUCCAGUACUCCUAGAAAUAUUCCUUCAGGGGAGCUGGACAGCAACCCUGGCCCUGGCACCGGCCCCAGCCCUGAUGGCCCCUCAGACACAGAGAGCAAGGAACUGGGAGUACCCAAAGACCCUCUGCUCUUCAUUCAGCUGAAUGAGCUGCUGGGCUGGCCCCAGGCACUGGAGUGGAGAGAGACAGGCAGCUCCUCUGCAUCUCUGCUCCUGGACAUGGGAGAAAUGCCCCUAAUAACACUGUCUACCUCUACCCACCUUCAUCACAGGUGGGUACUGUUUGAGGAGAAGUUGGAGGUGGCUGCAGGCCGGUGGAGUGCCCCUCAUGUGCCCACCCUGGCACUGCCCAGCCUCCAGAAGCUCCGCAGCCUGCUGGCCGAGGGCCUUGUACUGCUGGACUGCCCAGCUCAGAGCCUCCUGGAGCUUGUGGAGCAGGUGACCAGGGUGGAGUCGCUGAGCCCAGAGCUGAGAGGGCAGCUGCAGGCCUUGCUGCUGCAGAGACCCCAGCAUUACAACCAGACCACAGGCACCAGGCCCUGCUGGGGCUCUACUCAUCCAAGAAAGGCUUCUGACAAUGAGGAAGCCCCUCUGAGGGAACAGUAUCAGAACCCCCUGAGACAGAAGCUGCCUCCAGGAGCCGAGGCAGGGACUGUGCUGGCAGGGGAGCUGGGCUUCCUGGCACAGCCACUGGGAGCCUUUGUUCGACUGCGGGAUCCUGUGGUACUGGGGUCCCUUACUGAGGUGUCCCUCCCAAGCAGGUUUUUCUGCCUUCUCCUGGGCCCCCCUAUGCUGGGAAAGGGCUACCAUGAGAUGGGACGGGCAGCAGCUGUCCUCCUCAGUGACCCGCAAUUCCAGUGGUCAGUUCGUCGGGCCAGCAACCUUCAUGACCUUCUGGCAGCCCUGGAUGCGUUCCUAGAGGAGGUGACAGUGCUUCCCCCGGGUCGGUGGGACCCAACAGCCCGGAUUCCCCCGCCCAAGUGUCUGCCAUCUCAGCACAAAAGGCUUCCCUCGCAACAGCGGGAGAUCAGAGGUCCCUCCGGCCCGCGCCUGACCUCGGCUGAGGACAGGCCCCGCCAUGGGCCGCACGCACCCAGCCCGGAGUUGCAGCGGACUGGCAGGCUGUUUGGGGGCCUUAUCCAGGAUGUGCGCAGGAAGGCCCCAUGGUACCCCAGCGAUUUCUUGGACGCCCUGCAUCUCCAAUGCUUCUCGGCGGUACUCUACAUUUACCUGGCCACUGUCACUAAUGCCAUCACUUUCGGGGGUCUGCUGGGAGAUGCCACUGAUGGUGCCCAGGGAGUGCUGGAAAGUUUCCUGGGCACAGCAGUGGCAGGAGCUGCCUUCUGCCUGAUGGCAGGCCAGCCCCUCACCAUCCUGAGCAGCACUGGGCCAGUGCUGGUCUUUGAGCGCCUGCUCUUCUCUUUCAGCAGAGAUUACAGCCUGGACUACCUGCCCUUCCGCCUAUGGGUGGGCAUCUGGGUGGCUACCUUUUGCCUGGUGCUGGUGGCCACAGAGGCCAGUGUUCUGGUGCGCUACUUCACCCGCUUCACUGAGGAAGGUUUCUGUGCCCUCAUCAGCCUCAUCUUCAUCUACGAUGCUGUGGGCAAAAUGCUGAACUUGACCCAUACCUAUCCUAUCCAGAAGCCUGGGUCCUCUACCUAUGGGUGCCUCUGCCAAUACCCAGGCCCAGGAGGAAAUGACUCUCAAUGGAUAAGGACAAGGCCAAAAGACAGAGAUGACAUCGUAAGCAUGGACCUAGGCCUGAUCAAUGCAUCCUUGCUGCCGCCACCUGAGUGUACCCGGCAGGGAGGCCAGCCUCGUGGCCCUGGCUGUCAUACAGUCCCAGACAUUGCCUUCUUCUCCCUUCUCCUCUUCCUUACUUCUUUCUUCUUUGCUAUGGCCCUCAAGUGUGUAAAGACCAGCCGCUUCUUCCCCUCUGUGGUGCGCAAAGGGCUCAGCGACUUCUCCUCAGUCCUGGCCAUCCUGCUAGGCUGUGGCCUUGAUGCUUUCCUGGGCCUAGCCACACCAAAGCUCAUGGUGCCCAGAGAGUUCAAGCCCACACUCCCUGGGCGUGGCUGGCUGGUGUCACCUUUUGGAACCAACCCGUGGUGGUGGAGUGUGGCAGCUGCCCUGCCUGCCCUGCUGCUGUCUAUCCUCAUCUUCAUGGACCAACAGAUCACAGCGGUCAUCCUCAACCGCGUGGAAUACAGACUGCAGAAGGGAGCUGGCUUCCACCUGGACCUCUUCUGUGUGGCUGUGCUGAUGCUACUCACAUCAGUGCUUGGACUGCCUUGGUAUGUCUCAGCCACUGUCAUCUCCCUGGCUCACAUGGACAGUCUUCGGAGAGAGAGCAGAGCCUGUGCCCCUGGGGAGCUUCCCAACUUCCUGGGUAUCAGGGAGCAGAGGCUGACAGGCCUGGUGGUGUUCAUCCUUACAGGAGCCUCCAUCUUCCUGGCACCUGUGCUCAAGUUCAUCCCAAUGCCUGUGCUCUAUGGCAUCUUCCUGUAUAUGGGGGUGGCAGCACUUAGCAGCAUUCAGUUCACUAAGAGAGUGAAGCUGUUGUUGAUGCCAGCAAAACACCAGCCAGACCUGCUACUCUUGAGGCAUGUGCCUCUGACCAGGGUCCAUCUCUUCACAGCCAUCCAGCUUGUCUGUCUGGGGCUACUUUGGAUAAUCAAGUCUACCCCUGCAGCCAUCAUCUUCCCCCUCAUGUUGUUGGGCCUUGUGGGGGUCCGAAAGGCCCUGGAGAGGGUCUUCUCACCACAGGAACUCCUCUGGCUGGAUGAGCUGAUGCCAGAGGAGGAGAGAAGCAUCCCUGAGAAGGGGCUGGAGCCAGAACACUCAUUCAGUAGAAGUGACAGUGAAGAUUCAGAGCUGAUGUAUCAGCCAAAGGCUCCAGAAAUCAACAUUUCUGUGAAUUAGCUGGAGUAGGAGUCUGGGAGUGGAGACCCCAGGAAACAGCAUGAGUUCACAGGUGCUUAUUCAGGAAGUCAGGACACUUUUGGCCUUUGGCUUAACUUCCAGAUGCUCAGUCGGCUUGGGGAAGGACUGAAGGGCAGCUGCCAAGACCUCAGUUACCUCCUGACCUGAGGGUGGAGAGUGGCAGGAAGCAAGCAUGUUUGCUGUGCAUUUAGGAAAGGCUGGUGAGCCAGAGGGACGGAUCAGGCCCCAUUCACUCUCUACUCAUUAAAAGGUCCUGAGCCACGAA